AGUACAUUCCAUUAUCCGGGCAGUGAGGAAAGGCCAAGGGAAGUGCCACUUCUACAGGGAGAAUAACAAUAUAAAACCUAACACACCCGCAAAACCCUGCUUCCAAUCUCACUGUUUUAGGCCAAAAAUGAUUGCCUCUGCUACUCUCUCACCUUACUUUAACAUUAAGCUGCUCAAUCCCCGGCAUGUGUUUACAACCACCAAACCCAGGAGAAAAUACUCUACCUUUUCUACAAAGUUCCAUCUCAAUCAUCUUUGGAACGGUUUCCUCCAACCCAAGUCGUGCUCCCUCCGCACAGUCCUUAGGAAAGUUAGUGAUGAUGGUGGUUCCAUUGAUGCCAACCCACAGGAAUCUGCUGCUGUUUCUGUUGGUGAAGGGGCAAGCAGUAGCUCCUCCACUUUAGGUGACAACUACGUGGCUUUAUUUGUACGAAUGCUUGGGCUAGACCAUGAUGCUCUUGACCGAGAACAGGCAAUAGUGGCACUAUGGAAAUAUUCACUAGGUGGAAAGAAUUGCAUUGAUACCAUUAUGCAGUUCCUAGGCUGCAUAAACUUAACUGUGAACCUUCUUAACUCUGAGUCUAGUGCUACAUGUGAAGCAGCUGCCGGUCUUUUACGAUCAAUAUCUUCAAUCAAUUUGUACAAAGAUAUAGUAGCAGAAAGUGGAGCAAUAGAAGGGAUAACUGGUUUGCUGAGUCGACCUUCCUUGACUUCUGAGGUUAAAGAGCAAAGUAUGUGUACUUUGUGGAACUUGUCUGUCGAUGAAGAACUUAGAGUGAAAAUUGCUAACUCAGAUAUCCUACCAUUUCUUAUCAAUUCCCUCGAUGAUGAUGACAUAAAAGUGAAGGAAGGAGCUGGUGGAGUUUUGUCGAAUUUGGCCUUGAGCCAUUGCAAUCACAGCAUGAUGGUUGAAGCUGGUAUCAUUCCGAAACUGGCAAAGCUAUUAAAAACUGACAUGGAAGGAUCUAAAGUGAUUCGGAAGGAAGCUAGAAAUGCUUUAUUGGAACUCAUUAAGGAUCAGUAUUAUAGAAUUCUUGUCAUAGAGGAAGGUCUGGUUCCCGUUCCCAUGGUUGGUGCAGCUUCUUACAAGUCUUUCAAGCCAGGAUUAUAUUCAUGGCCUACUAUGCCAGAUGGUACAGAGAUUGAGCAGACUUCCAAAGGUCCUUCAAAGUUUGGUGCCUCUGAAUUACUUCUUGGGUUGAAUGUUGGUGAGAAUGCUGAGUUAGAGGAAGCUAGGAAGAAUGCAAUAGUUGGACGCACACAGCAACAGUUUCUUGCUCGCAUAGGGGCUAUAGAGUUGGAUGGAAAAAGAGAAUCUCAGUCUGAUAUCCCCACUGAUAACCGAUUUACUCUUCUCCCAUGGAUAGAUGGUGUGGCUCGAUUAGUUUUGAUACUUGAGCUUAAUGAUGAGGUUGCCAUAUCGAGAGCUGCUGAGUCAAUUGCUGACUCAUCUAUCAAUGAACAUAUGCGGACUUCAUUCAAGGAAGCUGGUGCUAUCAAGCAUUUGGUUCGGCUUUUAGACCAUAACAGUUUUGCUGUCAGAUCAGCUGUGAUCCACGCUUUGGAGAGGUUGUCUGUCAGCUCUUCUCUUUAUCAUGUACUUGAAGCUGAAGGUAUUUUACACCCUUUAGUUUGUACACUGAAACGCUCAGAAACCUCUGGAAGCUUGAUGGAAAAGACCUUGGAUAUACUUGCGAGGAUUUUAGACCCUAGUAAAGAAAUGAAGUCCAAGUUCUACAAUGGACCAGUUAAUGGUUCAAAGAUGGGGAUAGAUGCUGCAAGGAGCCUUGAUGCUUCUGCCAGAUUGACUGGAGAUAAGCCUGUGUCAAUAAUGGAUUCCAGGAAAGAAUUGCUAGACUCUACUGUCAUUACUCGCCUUAUUGAGAUUUUGAAGACAUCACCAUCAAACCUGCAAAGAAAAGUAGCUUCUAUCUUGGAAUUCAUAACAAUAAUUGAACCAAGCAUGGAAACAAUAAUCAAAGUAGAUGUAUCAUCUGGUUUGGAAGCUGUUUUUCAACAAAAAGCUGUAAAAGACAAGGAAGCUGAUGUAGAAGGUCAGGAACUAGACGAAUAUGCUCUUGAACUUGAGGAAGCUGGCCUUGCAGUCUCUGCAGCCUCAAGGCUACUAACAAAACUUCUUGACUCGGAACAGUUUUGCCAAAAAAUAGACUCUACCCAUUUCACCAAACUACUCCGCAAAAUCCUUAAGUCCGAUAUCCCUCUUCGAAACAAAGAUUGGGUUGCCGCUUGCCUUGUUAAACUGUGCUCUAUAUCCAGUCCUAAUGUAGAUUUCGAGAAUCCAAUCAACAUGGAGGUAACUCUUUAUGAGACAAUCCCAAGACUUAUAGAGCAGAUAAAAUUGUCUCUUUCUCCAGAAACACAGGAAUCCGCCGCUGUUGAACUUAACAGAAUAAUUUCCGAAGGGGUUGUGGAUUCCACCCGAGCUGUCGCAUCUGAGUUUGGUAUAUUUCCACUUGUGAAUCUUAUUGAACAAGGGAGUGACAGGGCAGUCGAAGCAGCCUUAUCAAUACUGUAUAAUCUGAGUAUGGACAGUGAGAAUCAUUCUGCAAUCAUAGCUGCUGGGGCGGUGCCAGCGUUGAGGAAGAUUGUUUUAUCGCAAAGAUCACACUGGUCACGAGCACUUCGUCUGCUAAGGAAUCUGCCUGUGUGAUGCCAACAUGAAUACUAUGUUUUUAGGGCCUUCGUACAGAUCCUACAAUCAUUUUUGUUCUAUUCAGCAGGAGCCAUUUCUAUCGAGUUAUAACAAUCGCAUUGGUUUAAUUUCAUUGGAAAGUCCAUGUUUUUGUGACAAAAGUUUUAUACUCCGCUCCUUGCCUUGUAUCAUAAUAAUGAACUCAUGUCAGAUAUUGUGGAAACCUUUGAUGAUAAAAAAGUUUGUCCUUGAAGAAUUCAA